AGUGAAAUAAAUAUUCAGGGAAAAUAAAUUCAUAGUGCAAAAUAGUUUGGUCAGGUCGAUGUGUACAUCGUUUACGCAAUGUAGCUCUAAUACACGAAAUGUUGAAUCGGAUGUUUACGUUGCCCGAUAUUAGCCAUUUAUUGACGCGAGCAUGUUUGAUAAACUUCGGAUUUAGCUAACGCUAGCUGCGUUAGCCGUGACGGAAGUCCUCCCUCGGGAAUUCGAGCCCAGGAGGUUCAGCAGGUUCCGAUGACCGUGAUUUUGACCCAUCAGCAGACAUGCUUGUCCAUGACUUUGAUGAUGAGCGCACCCUGGAAGAAGAAGAGCUGUUGGAGGCAUCAGACGAGACCAACGUCAACGAGAUUGAAGAUCUUGCACGAGAGGGAGAGAUGCCCAUACACGAGCUACUGAGUCUUUAUGGUUAUGGGGGCGGUUCACCAGCUGAUGAAGAUGAAGAGGAAGAGGAAGAACCUGAGGAAGAAGAGGAUGAUGAGGAAGAGGAUGAGGAAGAAGACCUCGACAAUGAUGAAAGCAGUAGAAGCACCGGCGAGUUAAAAAGAAAUGAGAUUGAGGGUGUUAAGAUCUCAUCGGUACAGGGGGAAGAGGCCCAGGCAACCUCUGAGGUCCGCACACGCUCAGUCAGGUCCCUCGGCACAGUAGAACUCAUUCGCCCUCAGAAGAUGAAGUACUUUGAAAGUAAUAAUGAUGCAGAGGAAGAGUCGGAUGAAGAUGAGGACUAUGUUCCAUCGGAAGACUGGAAAAAGGAAAUCAUGGUGGGUUCAAUGUAUCAGGCAGAAACCCCCUCUGGCCUGUCUAAAUAUAAAGACAAUGAGAAGGUUUAUGAAAAUGAUGACCAGUUGUUGUGGAACCCCGAGUGUCUUCCUGAAGGCAAAGUGGUGGAGUUCUUGACAGAGGCAUCAAGGCGGACCGGAGAGGAGAAGGGAGUGGACGCCAUCCCAGAGGGAUUCCACAUCAAAGACAAUGAACAGGCGUUGUAUGAACUAGUGAAGUGUGACUUUGACACGGAGGAAGCUUUGAGAAGACUGAGGUUUAACGUAAAAGCAGCCAGAGAAGACCUUGGAGAUCUGAGAUUAACACCUAUUCUCUCUGCAACAGAGGAGAUUUCUGUCUGGACUGAAGAGGAAUGUAGAAAUUUUGAACAAGGACUAAAAGCUUAUGGAAAAGACUUUCAUUUAAUACAGGCCAACAAGGUGAGAACUAGGUCUGUAGGAGAAUGUGUGGCCUUUUAUUACAUGUGGAAGAAGUCUGAGCGUUAUGAUUUCUUUGCACAGCAAACCAGACUUGGGAAAAGGAAAUACAACCUUCACCCUGGUGUCACAGACUACAUGGAUAGAUUACUGGACGAAACGGAGAGCGCCACGUCCAGCAGGGCGGCGUCGCCGCCUCCCACCACCUCCAGCAGCAGCGCUAGCCACUCGGAGAGGGAAGACGGCAGCAGUCAGAACGGUAUCUUAAGCCAUGCCUCAAGUCAACCGGUGGAUGGCGCUCAGCUGCUCCCGAUACAUCAAAUCAAGCCCGAGCCCCUUCAGUCCAACGGUCCCGCCCACCCGCCGCCGGAGGCUCCGGCUCCCGUUUCGGACAACUCCAACGGCUGCAGCCAACCCGGCGCAGACGGCCACCAGCAGAACGGCUCACUGGAGCCUCCGGCAGACCGCCGGGACCUGGCGACCCCGGCGGCACACGAGAGGCCGGCCAAGAGGUGCCGGACGGAGGCGGAGCCGCUAGGCCAGAGCGAGGUGGAACCGUCCAGAACGCAGGAGGACUGAAGGCGUUCAGUGGCGUGGACUAAUAAGGCGCCCCCGGAGGAGGGGGGCAAAGGGGGAGGGUUGUCCCGUUUCAUUGCAUCCCGGGAGGCAAGGGAAUGAUUCCUGCCUGGCCCCCGUGUGCGUGGUCAUGCCCCAAGAGCAGAGACUCUCUUUUUGGACAAGGUUAAGGGUCACUGAAAAUCCCAGCUUGAAGAGCACAGCCGACCAAAGUGUAGCUGGUCCUUUAGAAGGCCCCCCCCCCUCCCCCAACCAUAGGUGGGAAGACGGCCUGCUCAUGUCCCACAGCUCAGUCGUCUCAAACAUCUUCUUCCACGACUGACUGACAAACCUUUUGCCAAGAAUUUCCUUUUUCUAUUUGUACUAAAGUAAAUCACCUGUGAUAUUUUUUUACACAAGAUAUUUAUAUUUUUUAACAGAAGAAAACUAUGAUAACUGCUGUCACUUAUUUGAGAGCAUACGUUUGGGGUUCUUCAAACGUAAACAAUUAUGCCUAAAUUGUCCAAAAAAGAGGAAACGGUGGGCAAACACAAGACGGCUGAGUUUUUAGUUGCACUUUGAUUGUACGGUUCUCAUCUUUGUUGCUGACGAGCGGUGUGGAAAACCCAGCAGAAUGACAUUCUCACUCCUCUCUGACCCCGCUCCAGCCUCCCGUCAUUGGAUCCUGAUAAAUGAACCGGCGGGUUUGUUUGUGUAAAGCAGCUGACAUCAGUGAUGUCCUGUAUUAUAACUCAUCAUCUAGGAGAUCGCUGUAUUUUUGGAUUUUCAUAGUCGGUGCUUUGCUCAACGCUUUGUUUUUACUAGACCGAAUGUCCGUGAUUUUUAAUGUAAAGUUUGUAUAGAUUUCUUACCUUGAGCAGUUGGUACAUUUUUUGGUAAACUGUUCAUCUGUAUGUUCAGGGCUUCCGUGCUUUUUGUUUUAAAAGCGUUCGCCUAUGUUGCCCUGAGAUGGAUGUAAUUUUUUUUUUUUAAGUAGCCAGUCCUCAUUCCCUUUGUUUGGCAGCACGGCCCAUUCCUGUGUGACCUCGCACAUCCCGACACGUCAGUAGCAGAAAGCGUCAUCUUCUUUGCAAAGAGAAUACUUUUGUGUCCCAGCCUGUACAUCGGCGUGCGAGCUGGGAAACCUUCAUCUGCUUUUGGUACAGUAGCUGUACAGCUUGAUGCUUCUGUGUUUUACUUUGUACUCCAGCUUUGAACUUCCACAAAUUAAGAUAAGUUUGUCUCAAUAUCGUUGAGCUAUGUAGUCUUUUCUUUCCCUUCAUUGACAGUGUUUUUUUUUAUUUUUUAUCUGUAAAUGUUGAAAUUAAUAAAAGUGUAUUCCAAGACUGGCUAUGAAUGGAAUAACAUUGGCUAUAUUUAAUAAAUGUAUUAAUGAGUCUGUU